AUGGGGGGAAAUGGCCCGCUCGACGCGGGCACACAAACAUGCGCCGAGCGGAACCGCAAACAGCUGAUUGAUGACUUUGGUUCAGUGUUGGAAGAAUCCCUGAUUAUCCUUCUGACUCAGGACUAUGACAUUGAGAAAGACUAUGAUGAGAUCACGAGAGUCCUGAGAGGACUGGCGGAGAGCGCAACCGCGGAAGCGGCCACCGGAUUUGAUCCAUCAGGCCUCGGAUUCAGUGUGCCGGACCUGGAUGAGCCUCGUCUUGACGAUGCGACAACGACAAGCGACAAUCGCAUCUCAGAUGGUUCAGGCGGUGACUACACUGGCACAUCGCCUUCUGACUUUUCAUCUGACUCUCUUGAGAACCAGAUCCUUGUCGACCCGGCAACUUUCACCGAGGACCACAAGAUCGCAGAGCUUCGAGGGAUCUUCAUUGACCGGUUUACCGAGCACACUCUUAGGCGCAUUCUCGGGGAGAAUGGUGGCGACUUGAACCGUACAUUUGACGAUUUGCUCAACCGGCAGUUUCUCGAGGACUCGGGCGAUAUCACGAAAGGCAUCGAUGCAUUCUUUGUGGGCGACAAUGUACAGUACCCUCCCAAAGGAAAAGGCAAACGUCGGAAAGGAUUACCAAAGAAGAAUGUGUUGGCAGUAAACUACAAAGCAACGUCGGUAGCAACCGACGGCGAAGAGCUUCACGGCGCAAGAGACUUCAUUCAGCCAUCCUCAGGCCGGGCAACACCAAAGCGCAUACAACCAUAUUCAUUACCGGCCAUCAAUACCAGCUCAUCACCAGCAUCGAAGAAGACUGCGGCAAUUCUAUCACCUACACCUCAAUUGGACUUCGGAACCUCUCACCUGCAUUCAGCUGCCUCGCUUCGACGCCAAGGACCUCUUGCAAGGCAAGGCGCGGUGGUGUAUGUGGAACGAGCGCGGGAACAGGCCAGUGUAGCGUUCAGACAAGCUUCGGAAUACGCAGAUGAACGUGCUCGACAGCAAAGCACAGCCAUCAUGGUUGAUCUUCACGGGGUUCACGUUCUGGACGGUGUUCGCAUCGCGAGGGAGCAUGUCUGGAGGUGGUGGAACAAUCUCGGAGAAAACCGGGCAGCAGAAGCAAGAGAUCCGGGCUUUACUGUGGUCACUGGUCUUGGGAGGCACUCUGCCGGCGGGGUUUCACGCUUGCGCCAGGCUGUUGGAGCCAUGCUGAAGAAUGACGGAUGGAGGGUUGAGACCUUGACAGGCUCAUUCCAUAUUAGGGGAAGGGUAUGA